AUGUUCUCAGGCAAGCUCGCUGCUCUGGUAGCUCUUCUCCCUGCCGCAGUCUUCGCUGCUAGCAACACCAGCAUUGCAGGUAAUGGCUCUUCAGUACUUCCCAAUGGAAAGUACGAGAUCUCGUCCGAGGGAAUCCGCGCCAACUUCGUUCCUUACGGUGCAUCCAUUUCCAACCUCUUCAUCCGAGACCAACACGGCGUUGAACGCGAUAUCGUUCUUGGUUGGGACAACGCUACCUACUACACCGAGGACAAGCUGCACCCUCACUUCGGGUUGGUCUCAUUCUCAUGA